CCUUUGGUCCAAAGAAAUAUGUACAUCAAAGAUAUAUGUGCGUCAACAUGGAAUGCCAAUAAAUUUUGGUAUUAGUGAUUAUAUAAGUUCAAUAUUUUAGUAUCAAUUAUUCAAGCAGAUAUCAUCACAGUUAGAUAAGUUGAUAUUGAAAGAUGGAUUACACAGGACUUUUGAUAUCAGUCAUACUCUGUUCAUCUCUUUGUGAAUGUGGAAACAUUCUCGUUGUACCGGUGGAUUUUGGCUAUAACAGCAGAAUGAGGAAUGUGAUAAACAUUGGAAGAGUUUUGCUGAAUGCAGGACACAAUGUAACCAUCUUGCUCUCUGACAAGAUUGAACAUGAUGCAAUGUUUAAAUUAGGUGAGCCAAAUAAUAUGGACAAAACAUUCAAUGUCAUGCAUUUCAAGAAACCGUCUGUAGAUCCAUCCAAAGACAUGAAUUCUUUGAAUCAGGAAUUUAUAAACAGUAUGAUGAGGUUUGGUGGGGUGGAUGUGCUGGACUCAGUACAACUUAUAUUUGAUGAAAUGAUGUCUCCUCCUCUGGAAGAUAAAACUGUUUGGAAAAAGAUUGCCAGAGCAAAAUUUGACUUGAUAGUAGCUGAUGAGAAUAUGUAUGUUUCAAGGGUUAUAGCUGCAAGUUUCAAUAUUCCAUAUAUUCUCUAUGAAAACUGGGGGCCAAUGACUUUUAGUGCAAAUCUUGUACAAAGAUUUAAUCUUGCUUAUAUUCCUGCUUUCGUCCAGCCUUACUCAGACACACUGUCAUUCUGGGAAAGAGUGAGCAAUGUUUGGGAGUUGUAUAAGCUCCAAAUCGUGAAUGAGAAAACUUAUAGUAGAUGUAUUAUGAUAUGUAGAAAACUUGGAUAUGAAGAUGCCUGUGAUAACAUAAGAGAUGCGCACAAGACAGUCUCUUUGGUUUUCAUGAACAGAAAUGAUGCACUGCACUAUCCAGCACCAUUCAUGCCACAUGUCAUUUCUACUGAGGGAUUUUUUCUGGAAAACCCAAAACCUUUGAGCCAACACUAUGCAGAUAUCAUUGAGAAAGCUGGAAAAAAUGGGAUUAUUGUUGUCAGCUUUGGGUCACUGUUUCGUAGACUCUGGCCAGAACUUCGUACCAUAUUUGCCAAAGCGUUUGCCGCCAUGCCACAAACUGUGAUCUGGAGUUACGAAGGCCCUACACCAGAAGGCAUUGGAAAUAACACUAUUGUUAGUAAAUGGAUACCCCAGGAAAGCCUAUUGAAUCACCCUGCAACUAAACUAUUUGUGACACAGUGUGGAGUUUCAUCCAGCUUUCAAGCUUUGCAUUACGCCCUCCCUGUGGUUGGAGUACCAUUCUUUUGGGAUCAGCCUUUCUAUUGCCAGAAACUGUCCGAAAGAGUCAAAUCCGGUCAAACUGUCUCUUUGAAAGAAAUCACCAGCGAGAAACUUCGACGAGCCAUGAUUGAGGUUUUAGAGAACAAGAAAUACAAGGAGAAUGCUGACAGAGCUGCUGCUAUAUACCAUGAUCAACCCAUACCACCAAAGGACAAACUUGUCUACUGGGCUGAAUAUGUAAUACGCCACAAAGGUGCACUGCAUUUACGAUCCCAAGGUGCUAAUGAACUGAAUUUCUUCCAAUACUAUUUGCUCGACAUUAUAGCGCUAGUGUGUUGUGUUUGCAUUAUGAUUGGAACUGUUAUGUUUAUUAUAGCCAAGAAAGCCAUGUGUAUUUUAUUCUCUUUUAAGAAGGACAAAUCUGACUGACAAAGAAAUAAUAAUUAGACAUUAAAAUUGAUGGCUUUGGCGCACAAGUCAUGUCUCUUACAGGUUAAAUUGAACCGUGAACAAUGACUUUUAUAAGUUAAUUAGCUUUUGCUUUAUAAAGAAAGUGUAAUUUUUAAUAACAGGGGUUUCACUAGAAUUUCUCACAACAGGCUAAACAAAUGUUAACAACAGGCAAAAUUAAUGGAAAUCAUAAAUUUAACAUGGAAAAGUUGAAAGGCUCUCAAAACAACAGGCAAUUUUGUGAAAACAACCGGAGAAAAUUGCCUGUUGCCUGCUGCUAAUGAAACCCCUGAAUAGGUAGUAAAAACUUUGUUAAAUGUCAUCUUAUAUUAGCUCAGUGAUGUUUCAAUAAUUAACAACACAUCUAAACCUAUUCUUUCCUUAAACUAAAUUUAACAUAAUCUUAUGGUUAAGUUCAAACGUCAAGGCCAAAAAUGUGACCUAAUUUUAUAUUUCUAGAUUAACAGUAGUAUAAAGGUCCAAGUAAAGAAUCAAUUUGUACUUUUGACCUGUUAAACAUUUUCAAGAUUAUUCAGAUGUGUUGUUGGAUUCUUAAAUAGGAGAAAUAUUUGAAAUCAGGGGAUUCCAUUACUUUUGACUAAUAUGUCAGGUCAUGACAUCUAAAGAGUCAAUAAAAGAUAUCUAAAAUGGAUCA